AUGCAUGGGCAACAUGGAAUUGGCGACUCCAGCGCCGCCUCACACACUCUUCGGUGCCGUACUUCUCGCCAGCACCUACUCCAGGCAGGACCUGCUUCGGCCAUCGAGCCUAGCGCAAAUAAAAGCGACACGUCAGGCCUUGAGCGCUGGCGCAAGUUUCUUCCCAACAAUCCGAAAGCUCAAGUUCAAAAGGUGCUCCUUGUCGGCUCCGGCGGCCUAAGUAUUGGUCAGGCAGGUGAAUUCGACUACAGUGGUUCGCAGGCCAUCAAAGCACUUCGUGAAAGUGGCAUUGAGACGGUGCUUAUCAAUCCGAACAUUGCGACAAUUCAGACAAGCCAGCAGCUUGCAUCGCGCAUCUACUUCCUUCCGGUGUCGCCGGACUAUGUGGCGUACGUGCUGGAGCGUGAGCGUCCUGACGGCGUAUUUCUCAACUUUGGUGGGCAGAGCGCACUCAACGUCGGUGUUAAGCUAGAUGAAAUGGGCGUAUUUGAGCGUCUUGGUGUGCAGGUACUGGGCUCGCAGCCUGACGUGCUUCGUAUGUGCGAAGACCGUGACUUGUUCGUUCAGGCGCUCGAUCAGAUCCAAAUCCCCGUUGCACGCAGCGAGGCCGUCUCGACAGUGAAGGAAGCAUUGCGUGCUGCAGAUGAAAUUGGGUACCCGGUCAUUGUGCGUGCCGCCUACGCGCUCGGCGGCCUUGGCUCAGGCUUUGCAGACAAUGAGGAGGAGCUGCGCGAUCUCAGCGCUCGGUCGCUCAGUCUAUCGCCACAGAUCCUUGUUGAAAAGAGUUUGCGCGGCUGGAAGGAGAGUGAGUACGAGGUGCUGCGUGACCAGCAGGAUAACGCGCUCAUUUGCUGCAACAUGGAGAACUUUGAUCCUCUCGGCAUCCAUACAGGCGACUCGAUCGUCGUUGCUCCGAGCCAGACACUCUCGGAUGACAACUACCACAUGCUCCGGACAGCUGCACUCAAAGUGAUUCGCCAUCUAGGCAUCGUUGGCGAAUGCAAUAUCCAGUACGCCCUGAGUCCUGACAGCCGCGAGUACCGUGUGAUUGAAGUGAAUCCGCGUCUCUCGCGGUCGUCCGCACUGGCAUCCAAAGCAACGGGCUAUCCACUCGCUUACACGGCUGCAAAACUCGCCCUCGGGCACACGCUGCCGGAGCUGCCCAAUGCCGUCACAAAGACAACGACGGCCUGCUUCGAGCCGUCUCUUGACUACAUUGUGACCAAGAUCCCCAAGUGGGACUUGUCAAAGUUCCAGCACGUGAACCGAGAAAUCGGCUCAAGUAUGAAGUCCGUCGGUGAAGUCAUGGCCAUUGGCCGCACGUUUGAGGAGUCGCUCCAAAAGGCCGUGCGCCAAGUAGCACCAAAUUACCAAGGAUUUGAUGCUUAUGUGUGCCCCGACGACCUGGAUCAUGCCCUGCGCAUUCCUACUGACACUCGUCUCUUUGCUUUGGCGCACGCAAUGCUCGUAAAGAACUACGACGUCGAACGUUUGCACGAACUCACCAAGAUCGACCGCUGGUUCCUCUUCAAGCUUGAAAACAUCGUAAACACGCAUCGUGAGCUGCAGGAGUGCGGGUCGCUCGACAAGGUACCUGCCGAACUCAUGCGCACAGCGAAGCAGCGGGGCUUUUCUGACGUGCAGAUUGCCCGUCUUGUACACAGCUCUGAGGCACACGUGCGUGUGGCACGCAAGGCUAUGGGCGUGACACCAUUCGUGAAGCGGAUCGACACCGUCGCUGCCGAAUACCCAGCGCAAACCAACUACCUAUACACGACGUACAAUGCAAGCACGCACGACAUUGAGUUUGACGAGCACGGCACAAUGGUGCUGGGCUCUGGUGUGUACAGGAUUGGAUCGUCUGUCGAAUUUGACUGGUGUGCAGUAACGUGUGUGCGUCGUCUGAAGGAGCUCAAACACAACACAAUCAUGAUCAACUACAACCCAGAGACAGUGUCGACAGAUUACGACGAGGCCGGUCGCUUGUACUUUGAGGAACUUGGCUUCGAGCGCGUCAUGGAUAUUUACGAGUUGGAGCAAGCGUCCGGUGUUGUUGUGUCAGUAGGAGGCCAGCUGCCGCAGAACAUCGCGCUGCGUUUGAAGGAGGCACAAGUUCAAGUGCUUGGUACUGAUCCGCUCAAAAUCGACUCUGCCGAGGACCGCCACAAGUUCUCUCAGAUCCUUGAUUCCAUCGGUGUCGACCAACCCGACUGGGUCGAGGUUACGGACGUCGAAAAGGCGAAAGAAUUCGCAAAACGUGUCACGUAUCCCGUGCUCGUGCGCCCUAGCUACGUGCUGUCAGGUGCGGCGAUGAAUGUGAUUUGGGACGAAACGACUCUGGAACACAACCUCACUGCCGCGGCGCAAGUGAAUACUGACUACCCAGUGGUCCUGACGAAGUUCAUACCCAAUGCCCAGGAAAUCGACAUCGACGCCGUUGCACACAAGGGCAAGCUGCUUGUUCAUGCAGUUUCCCAGCAUGUGGAAAAUGCUGGUGUUCACUCUGGCGAUGCGACACUAGUCCUACCACCAUUUUCGCUGCCGUCACAGGACAUGGCACGCCUCAAAGACAUUGCUGAGCGUGUAGCUGCAGCCUUUGAGAUCAGUGGGCCGUUCAACAUGCAGAUUAUCCGUAAACAAGAUCCGGCUGCUAACGACGAAUCGGAGCUGAAAGUCAUUGAGUGCAACCUGCGUGCUAGUCGCUCAUUCCCCUUCGUAAGCAAGGUGCUCGGCGUCAACUUUAUUGAUGUGGCAACAAGUGCUAUCGUGGGCGAGAAUGUCCCUGAGCCCGUGGAUCUCAUGGCCAAGACGUACAACCACGUUGCCAUCAAGGUUCCGCAGUUCUCGUGGACGCGUCUUGCUGGUGCUGACCCCUUCUUAGGCGUCGAGAUGGCUAGCACGGGUGAAGUUGCAUCGUUUGGCGCUGAUAUUCAUGAAGCUUAUUGGGCAUCGAUCGCUUCAACCACGGGCUUCCGUGUGCCUUUGGCUCAUAAGGGCGUCUUGUUGGGCGGCGACACCACGACGCCUGAGCUGCGCACCAUUGCGAUGAAACUAUGUAAUCUGGGCUUUAAGCUGUACUGCUCCAAUGCCGACGUCGAAACAUUUUUGAACGGUCUUCCACACGUAUCUGCAAAGCGUAUCUGGUUCCCGCUUAAAGACAAGCGUAAGUUGCGCGAAGUCUUUGACGACUACGAGAUUCAAUUCGUGAUCAAUCUUGCCAAGUACCGCGCACCCAGUGUGACUGACGAAGACUACGUGGCUCGCCGAAAUGCUGUGGACUUUGGUUUGCCGCUACUCAAUGAACCUAAAACGGCCCUCUUAUUCGUUGAAACACUCGAGCACAAGAUGCCAAAAGGGUGUCUCUUGCCGUACGACGAGGGCAAGAUCCCGUCUGAGGUUAAAGCUUGGAACGAAUUCGUACCGAGUACAUAG